UAAGGCUUCCGAUAGAUUUCAAGUCUUACAGCUGUUAUACCAUUAUGUUAUCGAUUGCAAUCAGCUGAUUUCUAAGUUUCAACUGUUGAGCCCAUAACAAUAACAAGUAAACUGCAUGAUGACCGAUUCACAGUUGAAACCGCCAGUAUCAGUAGAGAAAACUCCACUCAAACCACCAGCUGUGGCUGUCUUAGCUGCCAAUAGCUUACAGCUGCCCAGCUCAUCGGCACAGCAAUUGGCGAGCUCGGGCUCGGCAACAGGCAAUCCGCGCAAUAAAUGUGCACUAAAGCCUGGUUACUCUUUAAUGAGUUGGAUACGUCUAUGCAAUUCUGGCGCUGAUCUCUCGGGCACCGGAGGACGCGUUGUACCAGUUAGUCGUAGCGAGCUGGCUCUGCACAAUCAAGUGCACGAUGCGUGGAUGGCCAUUCGAGGCAGAGUAUUCAAUGUGACUCGCUACAUGGAUUUUCAUCCGGGCGGUGUAGAUGAGUUAAUGCGCGGUGUAGGACGUGAUGCUACCAAGCUGUUUGACGAAGUGCACGCUUGGGUAAAUUAUCCUCAAUUGCUGGGCAAAUGCUAUGUGGGCCCGUUGAAGGAGAAUGUUGCGACCAACGUAGAAGCAGAUCUAAUCCGUCCACCUCCGGCGCCAACGGAGCUUGUACCACGCUUCGAUUGGAUUCAACAGCGAAGUGAAUUGACACUCUAUUUUUAUACACGACGCAUGGCUAAUCCUGGUUUGCUGCUAAAGCGAAAGGACACGUCUGAGGUGGAGUUGGAGCUACGUGUCCAAAUGGCGAGCUGCUGGCAUGUCUUUGAUUUUAAGCUUAGCGCCGCCGUAGUGUGGCCACCGAGGGCUGUGCGUGUAGGUCCGGAAACGGGCAAAAUUGAAGUCGUACUCACCAAGCAGGUGGCCGAACCAUGGCUAACAUAUGGCACUCAGGAGAUUAGUAAAUUAAAUUCAACUUACGCAGAGCACUUGACAUAUGAGGUGGUGCUGUGCGAGCUCUUCAAUCAUGAUUCCUUUGAGUUAUGCCUUCAGAGCAUUAAGCAAUCGGUGCUUUUGCAUCUGCCAGUGGGCUAUCAUUUGGACAUACUGCUCCCACACAAUGGUGAGUUGCUAGAGCGCAGUUAUACACCCGUGCCACACAACUGCCUUCAUUCUAAUAGCGAACAAAUCGACGCCGAUGCUAGUCCAAACGUAAGAAAUGAAUUUCUUAUCAAGUACUAUGAAAAAGGAGCAGUGUCCAGUCAGCUAAAGCAGCUGCAACCAGGUACCACAGUGCAAUUGAGUCUGCCGCGUGGUAAUUUCAAGCUGUCCGCAUUAGAAUCACAUCGCAACAUACUCCUCUUGGCUGCGGGCAGCGGUAUUACGCCCAUAUUAAGUCUGUUGCGGCCUUUGCUCAAGCGUCAGACGAAUCGCAUCGAACGUCUUCAACUGUUAUAUUUUAACAAGACUCAAGCUGAUAUCUGGCUAAAGGAUAAGUUUCAAGCUCUACAGGAUUCCGAUGAACGAUUCACUUGUAAAAACAUUUUGUCGGAGGCGGGUGGCCGUAUCUCUCAAGAGCUGCUAACGCCUUUGUUCAAUAGGCAGCAAGCCGAAACUUUCAGCUUUGUGGCUGUAUGUGGUCCCGCAGGUUUUAACACAGCUGCGGCUAACAGCUUAAAGGAACUACAAUUGAAGCCGGAACAGAUUCAUGUUUUUCAAGGCUAACAUUGGUGCAGAUAGUCUUAAGUUCACCUAACUAAACUAAGCUUACAAGCUUAACAACCUACUUUUCAAUUUCUUUGUUUAUAUAAUAUUCAGGCUAGUAACAAACAUUGUAAGCUUACUUAAAAUAUAGAAAAUUUCCUGCAGACUAGUUUUUACAAACUUUUCUAUAUGUUAUGUAUAUUACCAAUGCAAGCUGCAGUGGAGAAGCACUAAUAGCCUGAUAUAUUAUUAAUAUUUAGUAAAUGUAAUUCUUUGCC